CGAGAUAGGGCUGGCUUGACCGGCAACUUAUUCAGUUGAUCGCCGGCGAGUAAAACAUUACUCCUCACCGGAACAAUGAUCUGUGUAGAGCUUGAAGAAGAGUUAUGAAACAAAAGGAAUCCAGAGUUAUCUAGUCUCUCUCUCUAUCUCUCAUUCCCAGUUCACGAUUUGGAAAAACAAUCGAUGGGUAGCAAACGCGGGAGGUCGGUGAUAUCCGCGAUCUUCAUCUUCUUCGCCAUGUCAUGCUUUGAUUCCAUCUCAACUACUCAGGUUGGAAUGUCCGAUUCGGACACGUUUUGUAUCUCGGAUCAUUACGUCAUGCAGUCUUAUUUCACGACACAGAGCUCCUCCUUAAACGAGUUAGAGUUUCGAAGCUUCCUGCGUCUUCGACAAUGUUCUGAGAACAUUUCUUAUGAAGAUGCUCCUCCUGCUGUAGCAAUGCUGCAACACAGAGACAUAACAGGUGAAGGUUCGCAUCGUCAUCUACUCACAACCAUCAAGCUUCGUCCUUUUCACUCAAAGUCUCAGCUGCACGAGCUUGUGAUCGUUGAACGGUUGCCUUUGGGUGUUUUUGCUGAUCCUUUUGAGCUUCACAGUCUUCAACAACGCAGAGCUUUCAGAGAUGUUUCUGUGUUUGGAGACACGGAUCUCGAGCAGCCUUCGAUCAGAUCAAACAGGUCUGUUGUUGAGAUUCAUGUCGAAAUCAAUGGAAAUGGUGAAAUAAGCGUUAAGCUUCCUUUACAUGCUCGAUAUCAGCCUAUUGGCGAGAGUGGAUACUCUAGAGUGGAGUUUGGAGAGCCAGACUUGUUCUUGUGCUCUAGACAUGUACCAAAGGAGGAACAUGAAGAGAGAAGAUGUUUGGUUUUGUCAGUAGGCAGAUCAAAGACCCAAGCCAGAUCCGUUGUCUGGGAAAUUCCUGCAGGAAUCAGAAGUCAUACCGAGUAUGUUUCUGUUGUUACAUUUGUGGCUGCGGUUUUAUCCGCAGUUUCAAUCCUUGUUGCUUCUGUCUUGAGCACAAAGGUUGAAUCUUGUAAGAACACCAAGCAGUUAUGAAUCAGCUUUUUUCGUCUU